AUGUUAGGUGAUACUUUUAAAUUUAUUUCUGUUUUUAUCGCAGAAGACCCAAAGAAUGCAUUUGCUAUUCUCUUCGCUUGUCUCGUAUUUUACUAUUUCGUAUUAUAUCCGUUCUAUUUAUCACCACUCAGGCAUGUCCCAGGGCCAUACAUUAAUCGUGUGAGUAAAUUCCGUGCAUUAAACGAUCAAAGGACUCAUAAGUGGAUAAGCGUAGUAAACGAUCUUCAUAAGAAGUAUGGAAACGUAGUAAUUCUUAGCCCGGAAGAAGUUAGUGUUAAUGGAGACCAUAAACACCUCUAUGACAUCUAUGUUAAGAACAUGCCUAAGUCAAAGUUUUAUGAGAAUUUUAGAAAUCAUGGUUCGAGAGAUAACAUUUUUGCUACUUUGGAAAACGAUCUUCACUUGAAGUACAAAAGAAUUUUGGCACCACUUUACCAGAACAGUGCCCUCUAUUCACCCGCUAACUCAACAAGAUCAAUCUUAAGGGAAAAAACUAUCCAGCUAUUGAAUCAAGUGUACAUUACUUCUGUUACCGGAGAAAAGCCAGACUACAUCAACGCAAGGUCGGAACACAAUGAAUUUGGUAAAGGCUAUAUAUGUAAAGAUGGAGGUGCAUGGUUUGAUACUUCAUCAAAAACUAAUUUAGGAAUGGAUGUUUACUCAUUAUUUGCGAGCCUUGCAAUGGAUGUUGUUCUGGCUUUUGAAUUGGGGAGUGAGAACGGAUCUACUCUCUUAGUGCACCCUGAAGAUCGACAUAUUCUUGUUUCACAUAGAUUGGUAGUUAGUAUGGGAUUCUGGACCACUUUAAUACCUACAUGGUGGGAAUGGGCUGCUGAUAAGAAGAUAAUGGAAGCUGCAGCAAGUGUUGAGCAAUGGCAAUUGGACUUAUAUGAACAGGCAGAAAAGUCGAAGAGAGGGAAAAAUGAUCCUAAUGAAAAGUACACUAAUUUGAAUUCUUUGGAAACAUUAAAUAAAAAUGGAUUUUUUGGCAAAGAUGCAUACAGCUUUAUAAGUGACAACAUCUUUGCGGGACACGAGACUACUGCUAUUCAAUUGACCUACCUUACAUAUGAACUUUCACGUCCUUGCAAUGGACACAUUCAGAAAAGACUUGUUAGGGAAUUGAAAGAUACCUUCGGUGAGAAUUCUGGAAACUCAUAUGACAUUAUUGACGAUAUGGAAGCUGUCGAAAACUUAACGUACCUCGAAGCUGUACUUCAAGAAAAUUUAAGAGUCCACGCUCCCGGCACCGGUUCUCCACCAAGAGUGACGACCAAGCCAUAUUCUGUCGCCGACCCAAUGAAUGGGACCUCUUUAGUCAUACCAGCGGGCAUUGUAAUAUCGUGCCUGCCUUAUGCUACCCAUAGAAAACUGAAUGUAUUUCCUGACGCAGAUUGUUUUAUCCCAGAGAGAUGGUUGCAAUUUGAAGAAGAGUCUGCCAUCGAUUACAAGAAAAGAUGGAUAUUCCAGCAAAAGUAUAUGAUGCCUUUCAGUAAGGGAAUUAGAAUGUGCCUAGGGAUGAAUUUGGCUGUCAUUGAGAUGAAGUUAGCAAUCGCAAACCUUUAUUAUAAUUUCCGCUCAGAAAUUAGUCCAGAUUGGUGCGCUGUUACUCCUGCUAGCGAAUACACAAUUGGGGAUAAAUACCUCCCUGGAAAUCCAAUUGAAAUGGGAAGUUGGAAGUGUGGAGCAAACGAUACUGAUGAGGAAAGAAUGUGCAGAGAAGACUCGUUUACCACAAGACCAUUGAACGAUGAACUAUGGUUAAGAUGGUUCAAGGUGUGA